AUGCAAGUCCUGAACCAACACUGUCUCGCUUGGUUUCUUUGCAAAUGGAGGCUCUGAAGUUUUUCCUUUUAAUUUGUAUAAUAUCCACCUUUGGCCAAAAGAAGAAUGUUGAUGCUCUUCAAAGUGAUCAGGUUUUGUGGGCUCUUCCGCAUUCGGACAGACAUGUUGAGUUCCUCCAGAAUUUGACCACUACUUUUAAGAUUGUGCUGUGGCAGCCAGAUUCCCCCAAGAACAUCAUGAAGAGCAAAGAGGUGCAUUUCUAUGUCAAUGUGUCUGAUGUCGGCGAUGUGAAGGCGGCGCUUAACCAAUCGACCGUUCCGUACAAAGUUUUGCUGGAAGACGUUCAAAAAAUGGUUGAGACACAAACUGUCAACGACACCGUCUCCCCACGGAGCUCUUUAUCGUAUUAUGAACAAUAUCACUCUCUAAAAGAAAUAUACGCCUGGAUGACAGAAAUAGUUGCACGACAUUCGGAUAUCCUCCAAAAAAUACACAUUGGGGAUUCCUAUGAGAAACGGCCACUCUAUAUUUUGAAGCUUUCUAACAGAGACAGAACUCCAAAGAAUGCCAUUUGGAUCGAUUGUGGCAUCCAUGCCAGAGAAUGGGUUGCCCCUGCCUUUUGUCUCUGGUUCAUAGGACACGCCACUCAGUUUCUACAGCGAGAUCAGGCCAUGGCAAGACUUCUGCGGCACUUUGAUUUCUAUGUCAUGCCAGUAAUGAAUGUGGACGGUUAUGAGUACACAUGGACUACUAAUCGAAUGUGGAGAAAAAGCCGCUCCCUGCAUGGCAACAACGGAUGCACUGGUACAGACCUGAACAGAAAUUUUGAUGCCGGCUGGUGUGGCAUAGGUGCAUCUGAUGAUGCCUGCGAGGAGACAUACUGUGGACCUUAUCCUGAGUCUGAACCGGAAGUAAAAGCUGUGGCUAAUUUUCUCAGAAAGCACAAGAAUCAUAUUAAGGCAUAUAUAACAAUGCACUCUUACUCCCAGAUGGUUCUGUUUCCAUAUUCUUACACAAGAAAUAAAAGCAAAGAUCACGAUGAGAUGCAACUUCUGGCAAGCAACGUAGCCAAUACCAUUAAAAGUAAACAUAGAAACCGCUAUGUUUCAGGCCCUGGCGCACAAACAAUCUAUUUAGCUCCAGGAGGUUCAGACGACUGGGCUUAUGACCUUGGUAUAAAGUAUUCUUUCACUUUUGAGCUUCGGGACAGAGGAACAUAUGGAUUCUUGCUUCCUCAGAAUUUAAUUAAACCAACUUGCUAUGAAGCACUUACUGGAGUCAAAAUAAUAGCUGAUCAUGUUAUUAAAAACAUAUGAAACCCCCUGUAUUCUGUUUGGCAUUGCACAGUAUAGUAUCAGCUAACUUACGUGGCCCACAGGACAGCCUAAUUCAAGUUGCUUGGUAUUUUCAUUUCAGUGAAAAUUAAACUCUGACCAUGUACUU